AGUCCUUCUCGUAAAUAUGAGAAUUUCACCGACCAUCAAAGCAAAGAGAGCGACAAGAACUCGCUAGACAGCCAAGACACGGCGAGUGUGGUUAGUGGUGGUUGUUACAAUUAUUGAUUUUGUUUGUGUUCCGUCUAGAUUUUAUUGAUUCGUUAUUGCAGCCCAUUAGCCAUAGAAUAACGAGCCUAAUAGAACGACAUAGAGUAGAGUACACCCGCUAAUUGCAUUGUAGUACCGCGCAGUUUUUUAGUUACCAAAGCUUAGUUUUUGCUUCACAUGCGACCUAGAUAUUUUUAUUCGUGGAGAUUUACACAUACCUUGGUGACACUACAAACCUACUUUAAGUUUUCCAUAUCCUCAAGUAGUGUUUAAAAGUUUUUAGACAGUUUUUUUGUUUGUGCCUGUACACACUUUCACUGUGCAUGUUUGUCUACUACCGUAUUAUUAUGAAUAAAUCGACCAGCCAACACUAAAGCACUCUAACGCGGAGGCGGGGCGAGGGAUGACCCACCCGGGCGCCGGCGACAUGUGGAUUAGCGCGGUCGAGAGCUCCAUCCUCAGCUGGGAGGAGGUGUCGGAGCGCCUCCAGGUGGACGUGAGGCGCGGGCUGACAUGGCGCGAGGCGAACGACCGCAUGAACUUCGUCGGCCCCAACGAGUUUCAGGUGAAGGAGCAGGAGCCGCCGUGGAGGAAGUACAUUGAGCAGUUCCAGAACCCGCUCAUACUGCUGCUGCUUGGUUCGGCCGUGGUCAGCAUAUGCAUGCGUCAGUACGACGACGCGAUCUCCAUCACUGUGGCCAUCAUCAUCGUCGUCACCGUCGCAUUCGUCCAGGAGUACCGCUCCGAGAAGUCGCUUGAGGAGCUCAACAAGCUCGUGCCGCCGACAUGCAACUGCUUACGCGAAGGCAGUAUCGAACACUUCCUCGCCCGGAACUUGGUACCGGGCGACGUUGUUCAUCUCGAAGUUGGUGACAGGGUACCAGCAGACCUUCGGCUAUUCGACACCACAGACCUGGCCAUAGACGAGAGCUCCUUCACGGGAGAGACAGAACCGGCAGUGAAGACCACAGUGCCCAACAUGGCGACCGCUGGCAGGGUUAACAAGGACAAUGUUGCGUUCAUGGGCACUCUAGUCCGUUGCGGUAAUGCCAAGGGCAUCGUAGUGAGCACGGGCGAGCGCUCCGAAUUCGGGGACAUCUUCCGCAUGAUGCAGGCCGAGGAAGCCCCGAAGACGCCUCUCCAGAAGUCCAUGGAUACCCUGGGGGCCCAGCUGUCGAUGUACUCUUUCUGCAUCAUCGGGUUCAUCAUGGUCACUGGGUGGCUGCAGGGCAAAGCGCUGCAGGAGAUGUUCACCAUUGGUGUCAGUUUGGCCGUCGCUGCUAUUCCUGAGGGUCUACCUAUCGUAGUCACAGUGACCCUAGCUCUCGGUGUUAUGCGGAUGGCGAAACGUAACGCGAUUGUCAAGAAGUUACCAACUGUUGAGACUCUGGGCUGUGUUAAUGUCAUAUGCAGUGAUAAGACAGGUACCCUAACCAAGAACGAGAUGACAGUCACCACUCUAUCCACGUCGGGCGGUCACAUAGCGGAAGUGACGGGUACGGGGUACAACGCGCGCGGCGACGUGCAGCUGCGAGCGUACAAGGGGCGGGACUUGGACGUCGCGCGGAUGGGCGUUAACAGCAUGCUCGAGGUGGCGAUACUGUGCAACAACGCUGUGAUUCGUGACAACACGUUAUACGGUCAGCCCACAGAGGGCGCUCUUCUCGCCUGCGCCAUGAAAAACGACAUGCCCGACCUCAGGGAACAAUAUACGAGACUCAAUGAGAUACCCUUCAGUUCCGAAACAAAGAUGAUGGUUGUGAAAUGUGCACCAAAGUUUCCCGACGGGCGACUUAAAGAAGAAGUAUUCGUGAAGGGAGCAAUUGAGAAAGUCCUACCUCUGUGCACCACGUACAUAGAUAGUGCGGGCAACUACGCACCAAUGACUGAGGAGAAACAGAAGGAUUUCCUCAAUGAGGCCUACAAUAUCGCUAGAAUGGGUCUACGCACGAUCGCAUUAUGCCGCGGUGCGAGCGUGUCCGCGUUAGUGUACACGGGCGCGUGUGGCGUGUGCGACCCGCCGCGGCCGGGCGCGCGAGACGCCGUCGCCGCGCUACGCCGCGCUCGCGUCUCUGUCAAGAUGUUGACCGGCGACGCUAAACCCACCGCGCUCGCUGUCGCUCAAAUGGUGGGCCUCGACGUGGCGCAGUCUCAGGCAUUGUCCGGUGAUCAGCUUGACUCCAUGACAGACGAGCAACUAGACUCGGUCAUCGACUCUGUGAGCGUAUUCUACAGGGUAACACCAAAACAUAAGCUUUCGAUUGUGAAGUCUCUGCAGCGACUGAAAUAUAUUGUUGGAAUGACGGGCGAUGGUGUUAACGACGGCGUGGCACUAAAGCGAGCGGACAUCGGCAUCGCCAUGGGCCGCAACGGCACCGACGUGUGCAAGGAGGCCGCCGACAUGAUACUAGUCGACGACGACUUCGCCACCAUCAUUUCGGCAAUCGAGGAGGGCAAGUGCAUAUUCUACAAUAUCCGCAACUUCGUUCGCUUCCAGCUAUCGACAUCCAUCGCGGCGUUAUCGCUGAUCGCACUCGCUACACUCAUGGGCAUACCCAACCCGCUUAAUGCCAUGCAGAUAUUGUGGAUCAAUAUUAUUAUGGACGGUCCCCCGGCGCAGUCUCUCGGCGUAGAGCCAGUGGACCACUCGGUGCUGCAGCGGCGGCCGCGCGACACCUCGCGCCGCAUCAUCUCGCGCGGGCUACUGCUGUCCGUGCUGCUGUCCGCCGCCAUCAUCAUCGCCGGCACGCUCUGGGUCUUCAACAGGGAGAUGUCGGACAACAAGAUCACUCCUCGUGACACGACGAUGACAUUCACAUGCUUCGUACUAUUCGACAUGUUCAACGCGCUGUCCUGUCGCUCGCAGACAAAGUCUGUCUUCCAGAUAGGCCUGUUUUCUAACAAAAUGUUCCUGAUAGCGGUGACUCUGAGUCUGGUGGGUCAGAUGCUGGUGAUCUACUUCCCGCCGCUACAGAGGAUAUUCCAGACUGAAGCGCUAACCGGACAUGAUCUCAUAUUCCUCGUGUGCUUGACAUCGAGCGUGUUCAUCGUGAGCGAAAUCAAGAAACUGCUCGAGCGCGUGAUCAAGAGGCGGUCCUUCGGAAAGUACUCGACGAAGGCACACGACGCCAUGGAUUUUGUAUGACAGGAGUCCCAGAGGAAGGAGCAGUAAAUCCCGGUUGCCAUGGCGACGGACAAGACAAAGAAUCUCACGCUCUCCAACAUUUGAACGAGAUCAGUCGUGCUUUACAAGAGCAGCACGAAACUCAGUUUGAUAAAGCCAAUGUGGUUGAUGAGAUUCAAAGUCGCCAUGAUAAUCGAGACAAUGAAAUUGCUCUAAGAGUAGACAGUGUUAAGCCGCUAGGACUGACGUUGGACUUAGGCGCUAGUGGUAGUGGUUCGGUGAGAAAGUGUGCGGCAAGAGAAAAGUGCGCGUUUAGCGACAAUUGCCAAUGCGGCGAGGAAAAGUUCUUCUCAAUAUACGACGGUAAAGUCGAUUUUAAAUCCAAUUU